GAUAAAUACAUACAUUAUAAACAAUAUAUAAUAAAAAAGAUUUAUACAUUCAUAAUAAUAAUUUAGAUUAAGCUUAGAUUUCUCACCAACUGCAUUUAUGAUAAUAUUAUUAUCUAUUUCCAUAAGAAUUUUAUUUUCAAUUGCCAUUAGCAUAAACGACUCAAGAUGUUCAUUGGUCAUUGAAUUCCUCAGUCUGUUUUUUUAAAUACUUCAAUGUCGAAAAUGACCUUUCACAAGCAACUUGCGUAACAGGGAUUAAAAUGUAUUGAUAUGCUAUAGUUAAUGUCGGGUUUUAAUACAAAAAUAACAGACUAUGGUAUUGAAAAACGAGGACAAACUAAUGGCGAAUACAAAAUUAUUGAAAACGAUCGGAUUAUAUCAAAUAUUGAAUUCAAGCAGUCCAAAAGUGUUUGGUUACAAUAUUUUCAAAUGUAUAACUAUAAUCGAAGCAUUCAUUGCCGCUGCAGUAGUACUUGGGUGCAUUUUAAACGCAUUCUUCUGCCUGAGCGACUUACCCGAGACAACGAGAUAUUUCACGAUUGGUGUGAUGUGUACAAUAACUUUUUUUAAAUUGUGUUGCAUAAUUGGUUACUCUGAUACCAUAUGGAAUUGUUUACAUAUUAUAACGUCCGUCAAAUAUUUAACAUAUAAGUAUCACAGCAAACGUAUGCUUAAAGUUGGUAGAAAGAAAUCAAAAUCGAUUUUGAUACUUUUCUUAGUUGUGUGGAUUACGGUUUACGUAAAUUGGAUGUUUAUGCCGAUCGUUAUACAGAAUUCUUAUUUAAAAGUAGAGGCGGGAAAUUUGAUUUACCAUUUCCGGACAAACAUAAUAAGUCUUGUUUAUCCGGCGACCGAUAAAUUCUACAAUGACAAUUUUUUAACGUUUUACACUAUGGAAUUUAUUAUAAUGUUAGUUGGGAUUCAUUGUACAUUUAUGUUCGACAUGCUUCUAAUUCUAAUGUGUACUACAAUCGCAUGUUAUUUAAAGACUAUUGCGAAUUCAUUUAGUACACUUGGGAACGGAGAACAUCACUUUAUGAAGAACAGUAUGCCAACAGUCAGAUACGAUGAAACAAAACUAAUAAAUGCUUUCAAGAUCAUAAUUCAAGAUCAACAAAAAGUAAUAAAAAACAUGAAAAAUAUUUACAAAGUAAUUCGACCGGUCAUACUUCUUCAAAUAGCUGCUGGAUCAUCAGUUAUAAUAUUACUAUCCGUCAUAACAAUAAUGGAUUAUUUUAAUGGUUUUCAUUGGCAUCUCCAAAGAACUUCACUUUGAUAGUCACAAUAUUAACAUAUACAUUGGAAGUAUUUUUUAUCUGCUACUUAUUUAACGAUGUCAAUGAACAAAAAGAUUCAUUGAAUUUUGCAUUGUACAGUGGUGAUUGGUCAGACAAGAGUUUAAAAUAUAAAAAAAUGAUCUUGUAUGCUAUGCGAAUGAAUAAUGCCAACCAACUUAAAUUGCAAGUAACUAUGACAAGAAUAGUGAAUCUUGAAAUGUUUACAGGCGUACGUGUAAUCUUAAUUAUUAGUAAACAAUCAAUAUAAUAUUUUAUGAAACGAAUAACGAUUAUAGGUUAUGCAGACAGCGUAUACAGUUAUGUCUGUGUUGUCAGAUCAGCUUGCAAAACACACAUAAUAUAUAUAUAUUAUAAUAUAUAGUAUUAAUAAUUAUUUAAAUUACUUGAAAAUUCUAUAAU